CUGUUGGACCUAGGUGUUAGAUCGUCCUUGUUACCUUGGAUUAUCAACUUCCUAACUAACCGCCAACAUCGGGUCAAACUUGGAGGGAAAACAUCAGACUGGUUGCCAAUGAAUGCGGGUGUCCCCCAGGGAACUAAACUCGGUCUAAUUCUGUUUUUGGCGAUGAUAAAUGAUCUGGAUGUGAAACCACACGCAACGGAUAUUUGGAAAUUUGUGGAUGACAUAUCAACAUCUGAAAAUAUCACAAAAGGCAGCAAUUCAAAGUUUCAGUUCUGUAUUGAUACUAUAAAUUCUUGGGCUUCGUGCAACCUUAUGAAACUUAACCCCCAAAAGUGCAAAGAACUACGCGUUUGCUUUCUGCGGGAAUCACCUGAUCUAUCACCAUUGUUGAUCGACGGCCAUGCGCUUGAGGUUGUGCGGUCUCAUAAAGUCCUAGGUCUGGUUAUCCAAAACGAUCUUAAAUGGAAUGCACACAUAGAAUCAGUUGUAUCCAAGGCUUCUAAACGUUUAUAUAUCAUCCGCAUAUUGCGACGAGGUGGUGUCCCUGCGGAAGACUUAUUGAGUAUAUACUUUGCCUUAAUACGAUCGGUUCUGGAGUACUGUUGUGUGGUAUGGCAUCAUGCCCUACCUUUGUACCUCGCCGAUGAUUUAGAGCGAGUGCAAAAACGAGCGCUGAGGAUCAUUUUACCGGGUUACUCUUAUAGGGAAGCAUUAGCACAACUUGGGUGUUCCAGAUUGGAUGAAAGGCGAGAACAUCAUUGCUUCAAUACUAUGAAACGCAUAGAAAUUGAAGGACCACUGUCAAAAUAUGUUCCAUUGUCUAGGGCUAGUUCAAAUGAUUAUGAACUUAGAAACUCUAACACAUUAACAACAAUAAAAUGCCGAACAGAAAGAUAUCGCCGUAGCUUUUUUCCCAGUACAGUAGCUUUAUAUAAUAGUUAUACAUGUAGUAAAGAAACUUAAGCGUGAUACUUAAUUACGAUGAUUUUAAUGCAAUUCAAUAAGAUUUUUAGACUUGAUGCAUGCAACUUAAAUUUUUAUAUGUAAAUAUAAUUAUAUAGCGUACUAAUUUUGUAAACGCACAAUAAUUCAAUCUAUUGCGAAGGUGUGUAUCUUAAACCAUUAAUAAUAAUAAUAAUAAUAAUAAACAAAUGGCCAAUACUGUUACAAUGAUUGAAAACGCGCUGAACUACAAUAUCAACGAGAAGAUGGAUAUCAUGGCCCGAUCUAAUCUUCUAUUAACUGUGAUCUAAUACUCGGAGACGAGUCAGAGAAUCGGGGCAAUAUUAUACUGUAUAUUUCCGUUUAGAAUUGUCAGACAAUGCAUCUUUGCGGAGUACAGUAUAUAUGCAUACUGUAUAAAUAAACUUUGCCCAUUGGACCGUUAUAAAAAUACAGUUUAUUUGAAAUAUUAGCGACAAAUUUGAAAUUAUUUCAAUUUGAACAACAUAUAGUCUACAUAUAUGUGGUCCAGUGUUUGCAUGCAAUUAGUACAAUGCAUGCAAUUAGUCUUAGUUAUAUACAAUACCUGCUUUUUAAAACGGCUAGUAUUUGAUGCAUUAACGUGCCUCAAUACUGUAUUGUCUUCAUAGUUAGGCCUACCUUAGUUGAUUAGACUUGAAGUUAGGCCUGUUUAUAUGGAAGCCGGACUGGCCCACUUGUAGCGAGACAGCACGGUAUGCGGGAUGAAUUUCUCUUCUGUUUAUAUGAGAAAAUUUUAUCCCACUUGCAGGGAAUAUUUUGUUAUUUUGAUAUAUUUUAUUGUUUUGACAGUAUCUUAAAAAUAGCUGGCGGUAGUAUCUUUUAUCCUGAAAAACGGGUAGCCCGCUCGUGAGUGUUUAUAUUAUGGAGAAACUCCAAUCUUCGUAAGCGGGCAGCCCGCUUGUCAAUAUAAAUUUACAAUAAUUAUUACAAACAUAACUACACAGCGAGAUAUCGCUUACCGUAUACUGUCUCGCCUACAGCGGGCCAACCCGGCUUCCAUAUAAACAGGCCCUUAAUUAGAUACUAUCGUUUAUCGUGCAGUGGCUUAAUUACUAGUCAGUUGAAAGCCUUGACCCAAAAGUAUAUGCCGGAUUGCUCUGCCUUUGCAGGGGGAAUACAAGUUAAUAAGAAAUGUCACCAUUUUGGUGCCCAGUUGUACACGUGACAUGAAGAAGAAGAAUGUUUUUUUAUGUUACUCUGAGUGUAUAUCAACAACAGGCAGGUUGAAAGGUUACCCUGAACGAUGGUGGGAAUUGAACCCGCGACCUUUGGGAUAACAUCAAAACACACACAAAAAUAUCAUGAUCAUGCAUAGAACACAUUGGUACUGAAGGUACUAGACUUAGUUCCGAAGGCACAUACUCGAACAGACUUGGCCUCGUAGCUCAUUUGGCAGAACAUUGGACUAGUAUAUACCAAAGGUCGCGGUUUCGAUUCCCGCAGUGGUCAGGCUAACUUUUUAGCCUGCCUGCAUGAUGUAGAUAUACACUCAGAGUAACAUCCAAAACAAGAUACAUGUAUUUCCUUGGGAUUAAAUUUAACCUAGAAAGCCAAAUAUUCCGACCCAGCCAUCUAGUUAAUUUAAUAAUUCAGCAACAUUUUUAAUAAGCUGGGAUUUAACAGUUGUUAAACGUUAAAAUUUCUGAAUAUUCCUGAGGUCAGGGUUUCAAUUCAGACUAUAGUGCAUUAUUUGGGGUUAAAAAAACUGUAUGCAUGCUUUUGGUAUACAGACCAUAUACUUUUGGAUUUUUUACUAGCGAAUUUUGCAUUGCAACUAUGGCAAGACAUAUAAUAAGCACUAUAAUGUACAAUUAGCGGUGUACUAGGAUUAUUUGCCCAGUCAAAAGCCAUAAACGGAUUUAAGUUGCCCAUCACUGUUUGCAAGCUUAAAGUUUAAUGUUUGAGAUUUUCGAGGGACAACCUUUUCUGAAUUAGCUGUAUAUGUAGCAUGCAAUAUAUCAAAGCAAUAAGCUCCCGAUGAUGCAUGGAAAAAAUCUUGAAUGAUGCUAAUAUUAUCUGUAUUCAUUUUUAGAAACUGGCAAGAAGAUUCAAACAUCUUAAUAAAGUUAACAGGAGCCAGGAAAGUGUGGCAAAGGUAGCGGAUGUCCUCACGUUGGAGAACAUGUUAUCCGACGAAAGUGAGAUGCCGACGAAGAAACCCAUAGGGUUAAGCAGUACGAAAGUUUACCUGGGAAACCAGAGUCAGAGAACUACAUGGCAAGUAAAGAGAAAAGUCGAUAAGAGUCACUAG